CACUUGUAAAUAAUUCAAUUAAAAACAAAGAACCAACUCUGCUGGCAGCAAGUCGACUGUGCGGAAGCAGCUUAAGUAGCUUCCACUAGCUGUGGUGUUUAAUCUAGUUGUGUGUGAUGAUAGUUUUCGCCUUGUGAUAGUUGAGAGUAUUGCGUGCUACGAAGAAAGUCAUCGUCAAUUCGAAAAUGCGUUCCGCCAUCGUCGGACACCGUGUCUCGGUGGAGACCCUGAAUGUGGCCACGAGUGGGGGUGGGUCCGUCGAGGACGAUCCGGACAGCACGGUGGAGGCUUUCGAGCAAAGUACGUUGACCAUUAAAGCCAAUGUCCAGCAAGGUAGCAUCUGGCAACGUCCGUCCCGUCGCCCACUGCCAACCGGUGGCAACGUCGAGCUGUGCUUCGAAAUCCCGUUCGCCCGUGUGCUUCCGUCAGACCCCGCUCCAUCCUCCGAUGGCGAUGCUGCUGGCUCUUCCGGAACGGCUGCCACCGCCGUCGCCGUUACCACCUCCUCCACGGCCAGUGGCAAAAAAUACGUCAUCUACGACGUGAACGUGCGCUUGGACGGACCGGAACCGGAUCCCCACCCGACGAGCAUCGAGCGCCGUUACACGCACUUUUUGCGACUUUACGACGGCCUGCGGAAGCAAUGUCCGCAGCUGCUGCAGGGCGUGGCCUUUCCGAAGAAGGUGCUGAUGGGGAAUUUUAGCGCGGAGCUGAUCGGCGAACGGAGUGCGGCCUUCGAGAGCUUCCUGGACUACAUUGUGACGGUGCCUUCGCUGCGUGAAUCGGAGCAUUUUCUAGAAUUUUUACAGGGCGACGAGCUGCGGCGGGCCUGCCAGCUGCUGGACGAGCGCCGGAACGAGUUUGCGGUGCCACUGUUGGAGAGCACGUUCCGCAUUUUGAACAAGAUCUUCCUGGACAAGUCCAAGUGUGUGCUGUUGCUGCUGUGCCGGCUGGUGGCCGCCUGUACGACCUCGCCCAUUCCGCACCCGGAGUCGGAAAAGUGGGCCGAGUUGGCGCUGCGGCGGUACGAGCACGUGUGCGACACGGAUCUGCUGGUGCUGUACAUUCCACUGCUGCAGACGUGUCUUCAUUUGUGGUGGCAACGGGGUCGCGAUCGGUCGCUGCUCGAGGAACGCCUCGACGAAAUGGGCAAGAAGGGCAUCAAAGUGAAGGGAGGGCCGACGCUGGCCCAGGCCAUCCAUGCGCUUGAGCCGCGAGCGGAGACUACGUGAAAGAAGGAGGGAUCGUGACCAUGACCGUGUGACAAGCAAUAACAAAAAAACUGGAUGCAUUACCAAAAUUGUGCACUGAAAAGUCGUUUAUUAGUUUGAUAAGGAUAAGGUUUUUCUUCCGUUUACGAAAACUCGAUUUUUGUGUUUGAUGUGCCUCUCGCGUGUCGGAUAAGCUCUAUUCGGUGUUUUGGCUGGUCCGGAAAUGACGUUGAUUCGCGGAGAAUUUAUAUGUUGAAAUAUAUGUUAAAAUAAUUAGUUUAGUUAUCUUUAUGUGAUUUUUUUUCGUAAAACGUGUCAUCACAAUACAAUAAAUUAUUCAUCAAAUAACAUAACCUACUAAACAGAACAUCAAAUAAACGUUGCUUCAGCUCUCAGAAAAAAUAAAAAACAACGCCAUGAUUGCAAAUAGCAGUUUGUAUGACAAGCAGGUCCACAGCAUGUGCUGGCUCGAUUGUUAUCAUAUCAAUUUUUAAAUGCAAUUGUAGUUUGUAGUAUUUGGUAAUAUAUGCAUAACGGUACAAAUAAAC